AUGGUACUCGCGAGCACAGCCACAGCUUCGCCUCGUCUCGUCUCGUCUCGCAUGCACACUUUUGAUGUCAGUGUGGAGACGUUAGAGGGGUGCGUAAUGGACGCAAAGGAACCUCGUUUGGAGGAGGAGGAGGAGGAGGAGGUGAGGGAAGGAGGAAGAAAGGGAGGGAAAAUGGAGGGACCACUGCGACUGUCGCCAGGCACUUGCAAUGCCUCUUGCCUUCGCCCUGGUGAUGUUGCCUAUGCGAACCGAUUAAGGUAA